CAGUUCAUAGGCGUGAAAAGAGUCUUAGUUUCUUUUUUUAGAAAAAGAAAGUGCUGCUUUUUUGUUGUUGUUCCCUUCCCCCUGUGAGAAGGGGAAGGGUUAGAGCAGAAGCCACGUGAGCAGAAGGCGGAAGAAGUCGACACAUUAUUCUCCGCCUCCUCUGCUUCGUCGUCCAGCGAGAAAGAGAGAGCGAGCAAAAAAGGCGCCCCGCAAAAGAAAAGGAGACAUGGCGGGGAUUAAAGCCCUGGUUGGCUUAUCGUUCACUGGAGCUAUGGGUCUGACGUUUCUUGUAUUGGGGUGUGCACUGGAAAGUUACGGCGUCUACUGGCCUUUAUUUGUUUUGAUAUUUUACUUCAUAAGUCCUAUUCCCCACUUCAUCACAAAAAGAGUAAGCGAUGAUACUGAUGCCGCAAGCAGUGCCUGCAGGGAGUUGGCAUGUUUCUUCACGACUGGAAUUGUGGUUUCUGCCUUUGCGUUUCCUAUUAUCCUUGCACGCGUUGAAGUGAUCAAGUGGGGAGCUUGUUGCCUUGUUCUGGCUGGAAAUGCAGUAAUUUUCAUUACCAUUUUAGGCUUUUUUGUUCUAUUUGGAAGAGGAGAUGAUUUUUCCUGGGAACAGUGGUAGACUUCACAAUGGAUUUUCAUAUGGACCUGCACUUUAGGGCUUACAGGGAGCUUUACUAUGACACGGAUCUUAGAGUGCAUUGUAUGUAUGUAUGUAUGUAUGUAUGUGUAUACACGCAUACGCAUAUGAUGACAUAUAUUAUUUGCAUGCAUUAAUAGCUUUACACUAUUGCAUGGCUUCCCAAACUUGGAUCUCCAGCUGUUUUUGGACUACAAUUCCCAUCAUCCCUGACCACUGGUUCUGCUGGCUAGCAAUGAUGGGAGUUGAGUCCAAAACCAAUGGGAAAAACCAUGCACUAUUGGAUAUGGGUCUGCUUUUUGUAUCUGGUGCCAUCCUAACACAGGGUAAAUGUAUUGCCUUUUAAGUACUAGUCUUUCUCUUUAGUUGGAUAGAUGCAACUGGCUGCAAUUUGUGAGAAUUUUUUGGACUGCAACCUACAUUUUGCAAAUUGGGACUGUCUUGCAGGUUAGAUGGAUUUGUAGUGAUGUGGAGUUUUUGUUUCAACACUUAAAUUUGAUACAACAUUUGCUUUUUAAAAACAAAAAAAUCCUGAAGUACAGAAAAAAAGGUAUUGAAAGUAUAUCAAAUGCAAAAAAAAAAAAGUUUCAUUUUGCCAAAGUGCUGAAAUAACUGUAGUAAGCAUUUCUUUGUGACAAUAGCACAAAGACAUUUUAAUGGUAAUGUUUGUAAAAUACUCAGACUAUUCGAUUCUUAAAUUACUCAGGGUUUGUAAUGCUUUGAAAUACACUCUUAUAGAAGAGCUUUUGCAUGAGUGAGAAAAUGGGAUACAAUCCUGCAGAUGCAUUUCAUGCAUUGACAGUUCUAUUCUGUGUUGCUGGAAGUUUUGAGAUAAUUAAUUUUAAAAGUAGUUUUAGCUCUGGUAAGAGUAGAGGUAUAAAAAUUAACGCUGCACUACUCUACACAUUUGCUUGGGAGUAACCCAGGCACCAGUUUACUCUACUGAAGACAGUGGGAUUUACUCCUGAGUCAACAUGCAUAGGGUUAGGUUGUGAAGUUGCCUUAUAAAUUAUGCUGCAGCAA